AUCCAGUUCCCUGACCAGGGAUCCAACCUGGACCCCCUGCAUUGGCAGCAUUGAAUCUUAGCCGCUGGGCCACCAGGAAGUCACCAGGAAGUCCCUUAAAAUUAUAUGAUUGCUUAUUUUGGUCUCUCUAUCUUCUUGUUUCUCCUCCCCUCAUAUACAAACUCAAAAAUUAGGCUUAUAGAGUAGGAACUUAUGUCCCCUGCUUUGAUUCCACCACCUGGCCCAGAAUGAAUGAAUAACACUCUUCUGUUCUUAGGAGUGUGUGUGUGUGGGUAGGGGCAUGUGCUUGUAGGAGUGUAGGUGUUUUUAUUAGGUCUACUUCUCUCUGCCAGUAUUCUUGCCUGGAAUAUCCCAUGGACCGAGGAGCCUGGUAGGCUACCGUCCAUGGGGUCGGAGAGUCGGAAAGACACGACUGAGCAACUUCACUUUCUUUCUUUUCUUUUUCUUUCUGCCAGAAUUUGGUGAAAUUCGAAUACUUCCAACUUAUCGUGGGGCGCCGAAAUUAUUAAUUAGGCCUUGUGGUGCCCCUACGGCAGCGAUCAUACUCUGCACCCAAGAAACAGGCAGAGGUGGACUGAGAUAGGAGCCUCGCUUCUUAUUUCAGCUUAUUUUAUUUAAAACACUCACGAAGCUCUUACUGUGUUUGCCAGGCACUGGUCUAAGCUCUUUAUAAAUAUUAACUUAGACUUGUUGGCAUAGGUUGAAUUAAUGUUGCUUAUCUCCAUUCUCCAGGAAAAAAUUAAAAAAGUGCACUUCUGUUCCUUUAAGGUCGGUCCCGUCUGCAGAUUCCCCGAAGUCCCUAGACCCGUUGCGGGGGAUGGGGUGGGGGAUGGGGCUCGGGCUCCUGCUCUGCUAAGAACAUUUCUCACAGGCUCUCAAUCAAAGCCCAGAAAGCCUGAGGGCAGAGGCCCGGGUGCUAGGCAACGGCGGAGGGCGGGAAGUUUGAACCUUCUGGCAACGCCCCGUAUGCGAAUAGGCCAAUCAUCAUCCAGUCUUCUCUGUGGUCCUUUUUCCCCUUUCACUCUGUUGGAUCUCUAGGUAGGAUCCGGGUUUCUUCGACCAAUAGAGGCUAAGGAGGCGGGGCGUGUGCGCGCGCACCCCACCUUCGUGUUGGCGCACCAGUCCCGCUGGCCCGCGGCUGUUAGAAACGAGGUGUCGCGCACGUCGCGACCCAGGUGACUGAAAAGGCGGGAAAACACCGCGAGUUUCCCGCAACCAGGUCGGGGAAGCCAAGAUCGUGAGACUGUGAUCUUGGGGGUUUGGUUGGCAGGAGGAGAGAGAGGAGGCGGGUAAAACUCGCUCCCCAAAGCACCCGCAAGACCGUCUCCAAAACACAACCUCCGCGUGACAGGAAUGAGGGUGGGCCGAGUGGUGUUUUCCACAGUCUGUACUUCAGUGAAAUACCGUUAAACUCGCCCCUCCAAAUGUCCUACACCUGUAACCACAGUUCUCUAAGGUCCACGCAGCUUUGCCCUCAGCCCUCUCUCAGUAGUUCUCAGUGGAUUUGCUUCUGCGCGCCCCGCUACCCCAGCCUCCUAGCAAGUGAGCUCUCGCUCCAGAACUGUCUUCAUUUUCUGCAUUCAUAGAGCCUCCAAAGCCAUGGCCUCGGCAGCAGCGACCCCAGCCAGGACGCCGAACGGACCAGGACCCGGGGAGGCCUCGGCCAGCUUCCCCACCGUGGCUUCAGAGCCGGGCCCCCGGGAGCCCGAGGAGGAGGGAGAGGAGGAGCCUGCUGAGAUUCAUCUGUGUGUCCUGUGGAAUUCAGGAUACCUGGGCAUUGCCUACUAUGAUACUAGUGACUCCACCAUCCACUUUAUGCCAGAUGCCCCAGACCACGAGAGCCUCAAGCUGCUCCAAAGAGCCUCCCAAGAACACAGGGAGCCUAAGAGACCCGAAAUCAUAUUUUUGCCAAGUGUGGAUUUUGGCCUGGAGAUAAGCAAACAGCGCCUCCUUUCUGGAAACUACUCCUUCAUCCCAGAUUCCAUGACCACCACCGAGAAAAUCCUCUUCCUCUCCUCCAUCAUCCCCUUUGACUGCCUCCUCAUGGUUCGAGCACUUGGAGGACUGCUCAAGUUCCUGGGUCGAAGAAGAAUCGGGGUUGAACUAGAAGACUAUAACGUCAGCGUCCCCAUCCUAGGCUUUAAGAAAUUUGUGUUAACCAAUCUGGUGAGCAUAGAUCAAGACACUUACAGUGUUCUGCAGAUAUUUAAGAGUGAGUCUCACCCCUCGGUGUACAAAGUGGCCAGCGGACUCAAGGAGGGGCUCAGCCUCUUUGGAAUCCUCAAUAGAUGCCGCUGUAAGUGGGGAGAGAAGCUGCUCAGGCUGUGGUUCACACGUCCAACCCAGGACCUGGGGGAACUGAAUUCCCGUCUGGAUGUCAUUCAGUUUUUCCUGUUACCCCAGAAUCUGGACAUGGCUCAGAUGCUACACCGAUUGCUGGGUCACAUCAAGAACGUGCCUCUGAUUCUUAAACGUAUGAUGUUGUCCCACACCAAGGUCAGUGACUGGCAGGUUCUUUACAAGACAGUGUACAGUGCCCUGGGCCUGAGGGACGCCUGCCGCUCCCUUCCCCAGUCCAUUCAGCUCUUCCGGGACAUUGCCCAAGAGUUCUCAGAUGACCUGCACCACAUUGCCAGCCUCAUUGGGAAAGUGGUGGACUUCGAGGGCAGCCUUGCUGAAAAUCGCUUCACAGUCCUCCCCAACAUAGAUCCUGAAAUUGAUGAGAAAAAACGAAGACUGAUGGGACUUCCCAGUUUCCUCACUGAGGUGGCUCGGAAGGAGCUGGAGAAUCUGGACUCCCGGAUUCCUUCAUGCAGUGUCAUCUACAUCCCUCUGAUCGGCUUCCUUCUUUCUAUUCCCCGCCUGCCUUCCAUGGUGGAGACCAGUGACUUUGAGAUUGAAGGUCUGGACUUCAUGUUCCUCUCAGAGGAGAAGCUGCACUAUCGAAGUGCUCGAACCAAGGAGCUGGACGCACUGCUGGGGGACCUGCACUGUGACAUCCGGGACCAGGAGACCCUGCUGAUGCACCAGCUGCAAUGCCAGGUGCUGGCGCGGGCAGCCGUCUUGACCCGGGUGUUGGACCUUGCCUCCCGCCUGGACGUCCUGUUGGCUCUUGCCAGUGCCGCUCGGGACUACGGCUACUCAAGGCCGCGUUACUCCCCACAGCUCCUUGGGGUACGAAUCCAGAAUGGCAGGCAUCCGCUGAUGGAACUCUGUGCCCGUACCUUCGUUCCCAACUCUGCAGAGUGCGGGGGGGACGCAGGGAGGGUCAAAGUCAUCACCGGACCCAACUCUUCAGGGAAGAGCAUCUACCUCAAACAGGUAGGCUUGAUCACAUUCAUGGCCCUGGUGGGCAGCUUUGUGCCAGCAGAGGAAGCUGAAAUCGGGGCAGUAGAUGCCAUCUUCACCCGAAUUCACAGCUGCGAAUCCAUCUCCCUUGGCCUUUCCACCUUCAUGAUCGACCUCAACCAGGUGGCGAAAGCAGUGAACAAUGCCACCGAGCGCUCGCUGGUCCUUGUGGAUGAAUUCGGAAAGGGAACCAACACGGUGGAUGGGCUCGCGCUGCUGGCUGCUGUGAUCCGACACUGGCUGGCACUCGGACCCAUGUGUCCCCACGUCUUUGUAGCCACCAACUUUCUGAGCCUUGUUCAGCUGCAGCUGCUGCCGCAGGGGCCGCUUGUGCAGUACUUGACCAUGGAGAUCUGUGAGGAUGGGGACGACCUUGUCUUCUUCUAUCAAGUUUGCGAAGGUGUUGCCCGUGCCAGCCACGCCUCCCACACGGCUGCUCAGGCCGGGCUUCCUGAGAAACUCAUUGCUCGCGGCAAGCAGGUUUCAGACUUGAUCCGCAGUGGAAAGCCCAUCAAACCUGUCAAGGAGCUGCUAAAGGAGAAGCAAAUGGAAAAUUGCCAGACAUUAGUAGAUAAGUUUCUGAAACUGGAUUUGGAAGAUCCCAGCCUGGACCUGGACAUUUUCAUGAGUCAGGAGGUGCUGCCUGCUGCCACCACCAUCCUCUGAGAGUCCUUCCUGGGCCCUCCUCCAGGUUCCAAACCCCUGAAGGCUGCCAGGCCUUCUUGUUUCCUUACCUCCCUCAGACCCAGAGUUCUCUGUUUCCCUUGAAAUUCUGUUUAAUGUUAGUAAUAAAGCUUAUUUUGGAGAAA